AUGUCCAACCAAGACAUCAACAACGCGCGCUUCAGCGCAGAAGCGCUGGAAUGGGAUUCCAACGUCAAGCAUGUCGAGUCGACGGGCAAGGCACUCGAGGCUAUACAAGGAAUUGUACCUGCAUUGCACAAGGAUGGGCGGAAUAAAGGCAUCGACGUCCUGGAAAUCGGGUGCGGAACAGGCCUCCUCUCCUUCAUGCUGGCACCGCACGUGCGCAGCUUAGUCGGCGUCGACACGGCCGACGGCAUGAUCAGCGCCUUCAAUACGAAACUGGCGGAUCUGGCGAAAAAGGAGGAGGCGCACCCUAAUUUAUGCUGUAUCAAUCAUUUCCUCACGGAUCCAGAUGCGCAGGAGCUGCAGAGUGCGGCGGCGCGGUUGGUGACGCUGCGGGGAGACGUGGCUGAGCCGCCGUAUCGCUUUGAUCUGGUCGUGUCGCAUCUGACGCUGCACCAUAUCCCGGUUAUGUCUGACAUUCUCUCCACAAUGUACAAGUGCUUGAAGCAAGGGGGUGUUGUGGCGUUGACGGAUUACGAGGAUUUUGGGCCCGAGGCAGUGCCGUUUCAUCCGGUGAGUAAGAGGCCUGGGGUAGAGAGACAUGGCGUGAAGAAGACGGAGAUGGAGGAGUUGCUGGCGGGAGCAGGGUUCAGCGAGGUGAAGGUCGAAGAGGCGUUUGUUCUGAGAAAGGAGGUCGAGGCUGAAGACGGGAAGCCGGCACGAGAGAUGGAUUUUCCGUUUUUGAUUUGCUUUGGUGUCAAGAGCUGA